AGUCCGCUCCGGGAAGCCGGCGCGAAGUGACGUGACUGUGUGUGCUGCGCGCGCGGUCGUCGGGCGGCCAGGACGUCCGAACACUCCCGAGGACUCCCGAAGGACUCCCGAGGAACCGCGGCGAUGUACGCGCUCACCAGCUCGCCCAGACCGCGCGCCCGCUGCAGCUCCGCGGACACGCUGAGCAGCUGCAGCAGCGCCAGCAGCGUGGGCAGCUGCGACUCGCAGUCCUGGCCGCACGACCUCGCGCCGCUGGCCGUGUUCUCGCUGGCGUCUGCGCCGCGCCCCCCGGCGGGGCUCGCCGCGCUCGACCCCCAGUUACGCGCAGGCGUCGCGCUGCGCUCCGAGGAGAAGGGCGUUCUUUUUCCAUGGGUCCAUUUCAACAACAUCCAUGAUACACCAAGAAAUUACCAGCUUCCAAAAAUGUACCAAGACCAUAUUCUCAGCAACGGGUCCAUUUUACAGCAAGGCCUGUACCGCGAAGUGAGGGGCAUAGUCCCGGAAAACGACAUGCCGCAGAUCCCGGACAACCACACGAGCUACAUCGUGAUGGGGUUCAAGAGUGCGGAGAAGGGUUUUAACCAGGUGAUGCUGGACACGUGGAAGGACUGGACCGGGGCGCGCCACGUCUACAUGUACCUCCCGGACGAGCUGGGGCUGUCCAGGAUCAGCCUGUUCCACCGGGAGUCCCCCGACGACGUGUCACUCUUCAAGUACAUCGUGCUGGUGGAAUGCCGCAACGUGGUCACCAGCCACCAGCAGAUGAUGUUAUUGGACUUUGUACAACGACUGCGCGUGGAGAGGGUAACUGGCUACCUGUCUGUCUACAGCCCACAGCUUCUCUGACCACAAUGUUACCAAUAUCCGAAUGACGCACCUGCUGUCACUUGUGGGGGCCCCACAGCAUGCAGACACAUGGUGGCCCCUAGUCAGUGACAUCACAACUGUUUUGAUACUCAUAGAGAUAAGCCAUAAGAGCACAAUAUCAUAAAUAAAAUAAUCAUAGAUUUAAUCUAAUUUUUACUAUGAACAAUGUACAAAAUAUUUUAGUUACUAUAAAUGCACAACUUACCACAUAAGUAUUUAAUUAAAAGACCAGUUUACUCACUAAAUGUAUAUAAAUAAUUAAAGAUAACUACAUAAAAAUUUAAUAAAUUAACCAUUAAACAUUAUGUAACUAAAAUAAAUUAAGAAAAGAAAUGAGUUAAUCUUGAAAUAUUAUCUCAUUUUUCACACAGACUUUUUUCUACAUGGUAAAUUGAUAAUGUUUAAAAAUAUCAUUUCAGAUUAUUUAUUUGUUAUUUUUUUAGGAUAAGUUUUGCAAGCAGAUAUUAAACAUAAGUAUACUGAAUAAAAACUCUUUUAGUAGUACCUAAGUACAUUAUGAGAACAAAACGUAUUGUAUGUAGCUGUUAUCUGAAACUGUUUGUUGUAUAUAAUAUUGUAAACACAAUUACUCUUAUAAUAAGAUUUAUUUUGUAAUGAUUUCUGAAAGUUUUUUUUUAGCAAUGUAAAUAACCUAAAAUAUGAUUUAAAGAUUUAUAUUUAAUUUAUAUAUUGUUGUUAUACAGUUUAUUUGAAAAAUGUGUAAUAAAUAUAUAAAAACCAC